AUGGGUCACGAAACUCUCUUACUCACUGCCCCUCCUACUACCACACUAAUGAACCAUCCACUCUCAGUCUCAGUGCCGUCUGCUUCAGCAACUGCUGCACCACCUACCUCCCUUGCUCCUGGAUUUAGGUUUCACCCAACUGAUGAAGAGCUCGUUAUUUAUUACCUCAAGCGCAAGUUUUUUGGAAAACCCUUUAGAUUUGAUGCUAUAGCAGAAGUUGAUAUCUAUAAGAGUGAGCCCUGGGACCUGUCAGAUAAAUCAAGGUUGAAGACCAGGGACCAGGAAUGGUAUUUUUUUAGUGCAUUGGACAAGAAGUAUGGAAAUGGUGGCAGAAUGAACAGGGCUACCAAUAGAGGUUACUGGAAAGCUACCGGAAAUGAUCGUCCAGUUAAACACGACCUAAGAACUGUAGGGUUGAAGAAAACCUUGGUGUUUCAUAGUGGUCGAGCUCCUGAUGGCAAGAGAACUAAUUGGGUUAUGCAUGAGUACAGACUUGUUGAGGAAGAGAUGGAGAGGGAUGGGUCUGGACCCUCUCAGCCGCAGGAUGCGUAUGUUUUGUGUAGAGUAUUUCACAAAAAUAACAUAGGACCUCCAAAUGGACAACGGUAUGCACCUUUUGUUGAAGAAGAGUGGGAAGAAGGAUUGGGAAUGGUUCCUGGAGCCGAGCCUGCGGGUGAUGGUCCUGUUUAUCUCCCUCUGCGUAUUGAAGGCAACAGCGGCGUUUCAUGCAGCGAAGAAAGAAGCAUUGUUGUGAAGGACACUCAUUCCAACAAUAAAACUCCACUUGAUGUGAACAAGCUACCAAUAGAAACUCGAAAUCUUCUUGCUGUGUGCAAAAGGGAAAGCAUGACUGAGUAUCCAUCCCCUGAAAAGAACGAUUCUAAGCGUACACAUAUGGAUGACGAGUACCCACUCCAAAUCGUAAACCCAAAGCCCUUACCUCAAAUAUACAAAAGGCGACGCCAUAACUUGAACUCCAAUCAUUCCAAUGUUUCAGGAGAGUCAUUCCCUAUCAGUCAGGAUCCAUGCUCAUCCACAAUCACCACUGCCGCAACAACACUCCAGCCAACCAUUGCCCCCACCACAUCCACCAACCCUGCACCGAAGAAACACUUUCUGUCAGCACUGGUGGAGUUUUCUCUCUUGGAAUCACUCGAAUCAAAGGAAAACCACACCUUGGUUCAGCCGGAGGAUUUUGACUUGGCGAAUCUCGAAUCCUCUGUGCCUCCGAGUGUUGCAAAGUACAUCAAACACUUGCAAAGUGAGACGCAGAAGCUUGGCGUUGAGAAGGAGACAAUGCGGUUCGAGCUGACAAGUGCUCAAGCCAUGAUUAAUAUUCUUCAGUCUCGCGUCGAAACUCUUAGUAAAGAGAACGGCGAACUGAAGAAGAUGAUGAUGAGAAAUCCAUAA